CACGGUGAUGCAGCCACAAGCCAAGGGACGUUGAGAAUUACCACACACCACCAGCAUCUAGGGGAGAGGCCUGGGACAGAUUCUGGGUCACAGGUCUCAGAGAGAACCAUGCCUGCCAAUGUCUUCAUCCUGUACUGCCAGCCUCCAGACCUGUCCUUUAUCUCUAUCAUCACUUUAAACAACAUACAGCUUCCAGCACAGAUGAAGCACUCAACAAAUGUUUAGAGAAUGACUGGGUCCAGAACCCCUGGCCUUAUUAUUCAUUCUGUACCCAAGAGUCCUAAGCCAAGCCUUUAAAAGGCAGCCUGAGCUGCGAACCUUGAUCACUCAUUCCAUGCCCUCAGGAGAAUUCCUCCUGCGGUUGCUCCUGACAGUUUCAAAGUCUGCUCUCUUUGAUUUUCUAGCAAUCAAUCGUCUCUUCAGUUUUCAGCUUCUGAUCCUCAGUCUUCAACCACCAAAGGACGGGCUUGGUACUUGGAAUCCAGAAUGAAUUACACACGGUUCAUCACAGCCAAGAGUGCGGCCAGAAAACCUUAUUCCAUCAGAGUCAUGUAUGAGAAAUUGGACAAGGCCCCGAAAUCUGUCAUCUCCUUGGCGACUGGAAUACCAAACCCCAAUAUGUUCCCUUUCAAGACUGCAGUUAUCACCACAGAAAACGGGAAAGCUCUCCAGUUUGACGAAGAGUUGAUGAAGAAAGCUCUGCAGUAUUCUCAGAGUGCUGGAAUCCCAGAGCUGUUAUCCUGGCUAAAACAGUUACAAGUAAAAUUGCAUAAUCCGCCCACCAUCCAUUAUGCACCCAGCCAAGGACAGAUGGACAUAUGUGUCACAUGUGGCAGCCAAGAAGGUCUCUGUAAGGUGUUUGAAAUGAUCAUUAAUCCUGGAGAUAAUAUCCUCGUAAAUGAACCUGUUUAUUCAGGAACGAUUCAUGCUCUGCAACCCCUGGGCUGCAACAUGAUUAAUGUUUCCAGUGAUGAGCACGGGAUUAUUCCAGACUCCCUCAGAGAAAUACUUUCCAAAUGGAAACCAGAAGAUUCAAAGGACCCUGAGAAAAACAGCCCCAAAUUUCUUUACACUGUCCCAAAUGGCAACAACCCCUCUGGGAACUCAUUAACAGCUGAGCGCAAAAGGGAAAUCUAUGAGCUCGCAAGAAAAUAUGACUUCCUCAUCAUAGAAGAUGAUCCUUACUAUUUUAUGCAGUUCAACAAGCCCUGGGCACCGACAUUUCUCUCCUUGGACGUGGAUGGACGUGUCAUCCGAGCUGAUUCUUUUUCCAAAGUCCUGUCCUCGGGGUUGAGAGUAGGGUUUAUAACUGGUCCAAAGCCCUUGAUCGAGAGAAUUGUUUUACACAUACAAGUUUCAACAUUGAACACCAGCACUUUUAGUCAGCUCCUGGUAUCACAACUUCUGCAUCAGUGGGGAGAAGAGGGCUUUCUGACUUACAUCGACAGGGUUAUUGAUUUCUACCGGAAGCAGAGGGAUGCAUUACUGGCAGCAGCAGACAAGUGGUUAAGUGGUUUGGCAGAAUGGCAAGUUCCUACUGCUGGAAUGUUUCUGUGGGUGAAAAUUAAGGGCAUUCAUGAUGUAAGAAAACUGAUUGAAGAAAAAGCUGUUAAGAAUGAGAUAUUCAUGCUUCCAGGAUAUGGUUUCUACAUGGAUAGUUCAGCUCCUUGCCCCUACUUCAGAGCAUCCUUCUCUUCAGCUUCUCCAGAACAGAUGGACAUGGCCUUUCAGAGAUUAGCCCAACUUAUAGAAGAAUCUCUAUGAAGAAAUCAAACUCUUUGUAGCACUCAUGGAUUUCAGAUAAAUUAUUUCUAUGAUUUAGCAAGAAGAAAUGAUCACUGGUGUAAGACUUACAGAUUGGGUUUCAACAAAUAUGUCACAUUUGUAAAAAUUUAACUACAAAACUUUUAAAGUGCCCUUGAAACCAUCAGAAUACCAAAAUAUAUUUAUAAUCCUUUUGAUAAAUUUUCAACCCCCCAAAUGAUAUCCUUAUCACGGGUUUUAUUGUAAAGAACUCUCUAGUCGCUUUCUGCCUUUUCAUACUUAUCACAGUAAAAUACCAGGCUGGAGGAAGCACAAGCUGGAAUCAAGACUGCCGGGAGACAUCAAUAACCUCAGAUACGCAGAUGACACCACCCUUAUGGCAGAAAGU